CUCAACUUUAUAAAACAAACCCCUGUCCUCAUAAAUUUAUCCUGUGAAGCAAGUAAAAUAGCUAACAGUAUGAGUGAAUACCUCCAGCAAGACUACGUCGUUUCGGAGGAGAUCGGCAGGGGAAGAUUCGGUACCGUUUACCGAUGCUCCUCGGCGGACUCCGGCGAGUCCUACGCCGUUAAAUCGAUCGACAAGGUAGCCAUAACUGCCGGCGGAGACUCCCUGGACACCCGAUGCCUCUUUACUGAGGCCAAGAUCGUUCAGCUGCUCUCCCCUCACCCUCACAUCGUCACUCUUCACAGCCUCUACGAAGAUGAAAAGCACCUCCACAUGGUUCUCGACCUCUGUUACGAACCCACGUUUCAUCUCCAGGCCAUGCCGGAACGCGAAGCUGCUUCGAUGAUGUGGCAGCUCAUGAAAGCCGUGAGCCACUGCCACCGUUUCGGCGUGGCCCACCGAGACAUAAAGCCCGACAACAUUCUUCUUGACAAGGAGAAUCGGCUGAAGCUAGCCGAUUUCGGCUCGGCUGACACUUUCAAAGAGGGCGACCUCAUGAGCGGGGUGGUGGGAACACCGCAUUACGUCGCUCCGGAGGUCCUCGCCGGAAGUGGUUAUACCGAGAAAGUUGACGUGUGGAGUUGCGGCGUGGUUUUGUAUCAGAUGUUGGCGGGGUUUUUGCCCUUUCGAGGCGAUUCUCCUGUGGAGGUUUUUGAGGCUGUUCUGCACUCCAGUUUGAGAUUCCCAACCCGGGUUUUCUCUUCUGUUUCACAUUCCGCCAAGGAUCUCCUUCGUAGAAUGUUGUGCAGAGAAGUCUCUAGAAGGUUCUCUGCUGAACAAGUUCUGAGACAUGGGUGGUUUAGCAUUAUUCAACAGAGUGACUGAUGUAUGUUUUGAAACAAGUUGCCUAAUGUGGCUUAGUGAGAAGACGAUGUUUGAUGUGUAACUAUAUAAAUUGCAUAUUUUCCUUUCAUAAAUCAAACUGUAUAAUUCAAUAUUUCUACAGUAAAUAAAUUUUCAC